AUGGCGGAAGAGAUCUCAGAAUCUCCCAGUCACCCACCCGAAACUUCGGCAACUCCGCCACCUGCACCACCUCAACAGCAACCCGAAUCGGAAAUUUUCGACCCUAAAACCAUGCGGAAAACAAAACCCGGAUUGAAGCGGCUCUUCCUCACCUUUUCAGUCCUUCUUUCCUUCCUUGUAGGUUUCCCAUUUUUAUUUAAAUCCGUUGAGAUCUACCGCUCUCCACUUCCAUUCGGCGACAUCGAUAACGUCUCAAGCGACAUCAUCUCCAAUCCGUUGCUCUUUCCUUGCCAUCUCCAAGCCAUAUUUCUCCACUCCAAUCCCAAAUCUUCAAUUAACCUAAAUUUAGAAGAGCUUGAACUCUCGAUUCGCUCCAAAAUUACCAAAUUCACCUCCGAAGCACCACCUCAAUGCGGAGCCUGCACCGACAAUUUCACUCUCUCGCUGACUCUAGACGACAGGGAUUGCUCGCAAUCUCCUUCUAGCUUUUACAAGUGUGGCACAAUCCGAGCCGUUGAUUUGGAUUUCAGUGAUGAUGAGAGUGUUGAUGAAGCUCUGAAGUCUGUUGAUUUAGAUUUUGGCGGGAAAGUGUAUAGUGUGGUGGUGGUAAAUGGAGGUGAUGUGGAUGGAGUGAAGGCGGUUGUUGGGAAGUACAGACACGGGUGGAUUGUAGGGAGGGAUUGGGGAGUGGGAGAAGUGGGGGAGAGAUUGGCCGAGACUUUUGUCAAAGUGUUUCUGAAUGGAGGGAGAGAGGAAGGGUUGAUUCAUGGGGAGUUCAUGCCUGUUGGUGCUGAUGGAAGGAUUGUUCUUUCAUUUAAUUUGCUCAAUGCAGAUCCCAGUGAUUGGAUUUAUGAUUGGGAUUUUCAGAAAAUAGAUGAAACUCUGUUGACUCCUAUGCUUGAAGCGUUGGGACCUAUAGCAAACAUAAGUGUGGAAAGCCAAGUUUUGUACCAUACUCCAAAGUCUUCAUUUUCUUCUUGGGACGAAAAAUUGGGCAGCUAUAUUUUUAGCACCAAGGAUCUUCCUUUCUUUGUAAGUUUUCCUCAAGUUCCUGACUAUGCUUUAUAUGUGCCAUCUGCAAAGGAAUGUCCUCUUCUUCUACAGCUUCCAAAUGGAGAGAUUUCUAAAACAAAUGCCUUUAUAUCUCCAAUGUGGGGAGGUGUCAUGGUGUGGAAUCCCCAAAGCUGUUCAAGGGAUUCAGACAGUGGGCUUCCUGUCAGACAUUUAAUAUCCCCUGAGGACCUUCAGAUGGUUUUUGAAGUUUUUGUGGGGCAAUUCCGGCAACUUUUUGGUAUUAAAUCUGAUAGUCUUUAUGUGGGUGCAUUGGGCACCUACAGUCUUUUAGCCAGUGAAAAAGGUUUCACAGAAUGGGAAUUGGAUGUCUUGUCACGGCAACAUACGUGUUUUAAUCUCCACUCAAGUUCCACAACCCUGGGAUCUCUUUCAAGAUUGGUUCAGUCGUUGCCUAGGAUGAUUAUUACGGAUGAGAUAGGAAAGCAGGUAAAAUUUUCUCUGGAAGCAGCAAAAUUAGCUUUAAGAAAUGCCUCUCUUGGAGUUUAUGAUGCUUCCGCUGUGUCCUCAAGACAAGCAAGAUCUUUGGCAGAGGAUGCCUUUUUCCACCCAUCAAUCAUGUCUGUCAGCUACUACUCGUUUGAGCACUGUUUUGCAGUGUACUCGCCCUUCUUCUUGCCAGUUUCAAUGCAUGUCCUCCUUGCAGCAUUAAGAGAAUGGAGAAGAUAUAAGCAAGAAAAGGCGAAGUACUUAUUAUGGAAGGCUAAAGAAAAGGUGACAUCUUAG